AUGGCUCCGAAGAUGGAAUAUGUUCGCCUCGGGAACUCGGGCUUGAAGGUCUCCAAGAUCAUCCUCGGCUGCAUGUCCUACGGCUCUCCCGAGUGGCAGCAGUGGGUCCUCAAUGAGGAGGAGGGCAUCAAGCACAUCAAGUUCGCUUAUGAACAUGGCAUCACUACCUUCGACACUGCCAACGUAUAUUCGAACGGCCAAUCCGAGAUCAUCCUCGGAAAGGCAAUCAAACAGCUUAACCUCCCGCGCGAAGAGCUCGUGAUCAUGACCAAGCUUUACGCUGCUGUGCACCCUGACCCUUCCGUCUUCACUUUUGCGAAGAGCGACGAGCAACUCGCGGAAUUGGGCAUUAUCAACCAGCGUGGACUGAACAGGAAGCACAUCUUCGACAGCGUGAAGGCAAGCUUGAAGCGGCUUCAGGUCGACUACAUCGACCUGUUCCAGUGCCAUCGCUUUGACUACAACACCCCCAUCGAGGAGACAAUGCAAGCACUUCACGAUGUCGUACAGGCGGGCUACGUCCGGUACAUUGGAAUGAGCUCGUGCUAUGCGUACCAGUUCCAUCAGAUGCAGAACUACGCGAUCACGCACAACCUCACGCCGUUUAUCUCGAUGCAAAACCACUACUCGCUCGUCUACAGGGAGGAGGAGCGGGAAAUGUUCCCCACGCUCAAGCACUUCGGCGUCGGCUCCAUCCCCUGGUCCCCACUCGGGCGUGGAAGGCUGACUCGUCCUCUCGCCGCCGAAACCAAGCGCGGGCAGAGCGAUUGGUUCCUGAAGAACUACGACAAUUCGGCCACGGAGAACAUCGUGAACCGCGUCGAGGAGCUGGCGAAGAAGAAGGGCGCUAGCAUGGCGCAAAUCUCACUCGCGUGGAUCAUGGCUAAGCCUGGUGUCAGUGCACCUAUCAUCGGCACGACGAAUCUGUCGAACCUCGAGGACAUUCUCGGCGCUCUGGAGGUGAAACUGACCGACGAGGAGGUGAAGUACCUCGAGGAGCCGUACAAGCCGGUGGCCAUCUCCGGGCAUUUCUAA